AUGCCGCGUUACACGAAGACCAGUUUCCGGGAAGUGGAUGACGAUGGCCCAAGCUCCGGUGGCACACUGCGGAGGAACCGAAGUCUCGACAAACAUCCGCGGGGCAGGAGGAUCGACAAAGAGAACCGGAGAGCUCGGCGAGCGGAUGCUAGGGGAGAUUGUGAAGGAGGUAGUAAGCCACGGUGGCGAAACACAACGAAGCUCUACCUCAGUCGUGCUUUGUCUUCAUGGGGUGAUAACAUGUGGUCGUUCGCGGUGGGACUCUUUUAUAUUAAACUGUACCCGGACUCAUUGAGGCUAGCCGCCAUCUACGGCUUCAGUGCUUCAGUCGCAAUCAUUUUGUUCGGUGCACCUAUAGGCCGUUGGGUAGACAAGACGGCAAGACUGAAAGCGGCAAAGAUGUCUUUAGGUUUCCAGAACGCGACCGUGGUUCUGUGUGCGACGUUCCUCUGCAUGGUAAUGAUGUUCGAGACUCAACUGAAGACGAAUAUCCAUGACGCUUGGAUCGAGAUCGCCGGCCAAGGCCUGGUGGUAGCUAUGGCGGUUUUGAGUCGUCUCGGGUCCCUCGCGAAUAUCAUAUGCGUGGAGAAAGAUUGGCUGAUCGUCUUGGCGCACGGCAGCCGUGAGAAGCUCGCGGUCAUGAACGCAAUGGUCCGUCGAAUCGACAUGGUGUCGAAGCUCCUGGCCCCUUUAUUCGUCGGCCAAAUCAUGGCAAGGUCUCUCGCCCUGGGAGCUGUAUUCCUCGCGGCAUGGAAUCUCGUUAGCGUAUACCUCGAGUAUCGACUCCUGUUAGACCUCUAUGUGAACGUGCCCGUGCUCGCCAUGAAGACAAGCUCAUUACCCGUUCGUGUUUCUCUCGUAGAUGAGAACAUGCGACCCUGUCAACGAAUCCGCUACAAAAUUCGAGAUUAUCUCGGCGGCUGGAUCCGUUUCCUCCAGCACCCGGUGUGCUUCGCCGGAUUGGGCUUGGCCUUGACAUUCAUGACAGUCCUGAUGUUCGACAGCAUUACAGUCGGGUAUAUCUACAAACAAGGGAUCUCCGAAGCGGCCGUUGGUAUCGUCUCAGCAGGGACUGGAUUCGUGGGAGUAUGUGGAACUCUUGCCUAUCCCUGGUUGCGAAGGCGAAUAGGAUUAGAGCGAACAGGACUCUUCGGAUUCGUUCUAUUGGUGUCCUGUAUAACACUCUGCGUCGCCUCCGUGUUCGUCGAAGGAAGUCCCUUCGAUCCCAUGCUGACCAGACUCUUCGGGGACGCUGUAUACAACUUCACCCGAACCUUAGGAUUCGAUAUCCGGAGAGAGAUUGACAUCACGGGAAAUCUCAACAACGCCACGAUGUACUUCGUCAACGAUACGCUGCUCGAAGAUCCCCCGCACGAUUUAUCGCUCGGGGCGAAUCGUUCGGUCGUCAUGCUCGUGGCGGGGAUGUGUCUCGCGAGAUUCGGAUUGUGGAUCGCGGAUUUGGCCGUCAAUCAGCUGCUCCAAGAAUUAGUCGAUGAUGGGGAACGCGGCUGUAUCAACGGUGUUCAGUAUUCGAUCAAUGUAUCGAUGGAUCUCCUGAAAUUCGUCAUGGUCAUAUUCAUCCCGUGGUUCGAUACGUUCGGAUUGCUGAUCAUCAUCUCGUUUCUAUUCUCCUGCGCGGGGACCGCAUGCUAUGCAGAGUUCUGUCGACGUCAGGAAGGGGGCGGGAGGUCGCUCUUCUGCUACUUCUGCCUGAACUGCUGUUCCCGACCAUUGUCUGAUCAGGAGGACAUCGGGACUCCGGUCACGGAAAUCGUCGACAUGGCUCACGUCGACGAACUAUUCAGCUCUGUGCAAGUGGUAUUGGACAGCUCGAAUCCGGAGAUAAUAUUUCCCGACGACGGAGAAUGUUCCAGCAUUGACUCUGAGGAAAACGACUUCAGCCUGACGAAUCUGUUGAGUUCGAUGCCGAUCUUACCGCGACUGAGCGUCGCCUCAAGCCACGAAGGCGUUCGAUUGCUGCAACAUUGA